AGUUCAAGUUCAGUGGAGGAACAAGCAACACCACGUCGUCAUUAUUCAUGCUGUGAAUCUGUGAAGGACGAUGGCGUCUCUUAAAGAACUGCUGUUAAACUCACUGAUGGACCUGAAAAAAGCUGAACAGAAGAUGUUUAAGUGGCACUUAAAGAAUGAUCAUAUGCGUAUAAAAAAGUCUGAAAUGGAGAAAGCAGAUAUCUUAGACACAGUAGAUAAGAUGGUAGCAUGUUUUGGACCAGAAGAAGCAGUGAAGAUCACGGUGGAGAUCCUGAGGAAGAUGAACCAGAACGAUCUGGCUGAGCAGCUGGAGAACAAUCACAAGCAAGUGAGUGAUCCUCUCUCUCACACACACUCAAGUCAGGCUGAAGGCAAUAUGAAGACGUCUGCCGCUGUUGGAGCUCAUUCAGAAGAGUUCAGUGUGGAUCAUGGAGGAGAGAUCAGGAUUAAAGCAGGACUACAAAAAUAUUAUCAUCAGUUCACUCUGGAUCCGAACACAGUGAAUAAACACCUCCGUCUGUCUGAGAGGAACAGAGUGAUUACUCACACUUACACAGUCCACAGUCCGUAUCCUGAUCAUCCAGACAGAUUUGAUGAUCCUCAGGUGCUGUGUAGUGAGAGUGUGUGUGGACGCUGUUACUGGGAGAUUGAGUGGAGUGGGAGUGUGUUUAUAUCAGUAUCAUAUAAGAGCAUCAGGAGGAAGGGAUGGGGUAAUGAGUGUAUGUUUGGAUUUAAUGAUCAGUCCUGGAGUUUGUUCUGCUCUUCCUCCAGUUGCUCAUUCACACACAAUAACAUAGCGACUAUACUUCCUGUAAAGUCCAUCAUCAGGAGAGUAGGAGUGUAUGUGGAUCCCAGUGCAGGAACUCUGUCCUUCUACAGCGUCGACAGAGACGCAACGAGCCUCAUACACACAGUCCAGACCACAUUCACACACAAACUCUAUCCUGGGUUUAGGCUUUAUCCUCUAUCAUCAGUGAAACUGUGUUGAUGAGUGAGAACAGACUGUAGAGAUUCUACCCAUAAUGCUUUGAGCUGCAUGAUAAAUCAGUAACACUGAGAUGUUAUACAGUCUCUUAUUGUCUCUUCAUUACAUUAAUACUACAGUAAAAUAACAUGUCAGAAUAAAUGUGUGUAAUGAAUCCUCAAACAGGCAGAAAGAUCAGUGUGUGUUUGUGAGUCACGAUGAGUGACAGUGUGUAUCUGUGCUUUUCUCAAACUAUAUUCAGUUCUUAUUGUACUGUCACAUAAAUAAUUUGUAUUAUCACUAUCAAAAUUACCUUUCAAUGAAAUGUAUCAUUCAAUAAAACAUGUUAUUUGUUGUAAAAUUGAUAAAUGUUAAUUUAUUAAUAAAUGUGAAAUAUAUAAACCCA